UGCUAUUAGUCUGUGAAAAACAUUUAUAUCGACUAGUUAACUUGUAUCUACGUUGUAUGUUUACAUGCAAACAGCUGAUGCUGACAGUGGGUUGAGUUUACGAACUUUUCACCGAAUUGUUUUCAGUUUUCUGUGAAUUGGUGUCAAAGAAUUGUGUCAAAAUAUUCGGAAUCGCUGAAAAACUGAGAUGACUUCAGUCGUCAAAGUGAUAAAGAGCGUUGGUCCAAAACUAGUACCAUUUUUGAAAACAGUUGCCGUUUACUUCGUCAUUUUUAUUCCAAAAGACAAGCCGUCAGUUCUUAGCACAAUUUUGAAAUGCCUCCCCAUCGUAAGCCUAAUGCUUUUUGUUCUACUACAUGGAAUGAAUUUAAAAGAUGAAUACAAAUACUCGAGAAGGAUUCUGACGGGACUAAUUUUUUGCUGUAUUGGAGAUGCGUUACUCAUUUGGAACAAUUACUUUGACUUAGGAAUGCUGGCAUUUAUUAUAGGGCAUGUAGAGUAUGUUAGAGCAUUUGGUUUCAGACCUCUUAAUUUAAAAUUAGGACUGUUUUUAUAUUCUCUAGGAAUAACUGUUUUACUAUAUCUACUGCCAAAUCUUCAUGGAGUGUUUACGAUUGGAGUUCCAAUAUAUAUAUUUGUUAUAACCACAAUGCUGUGGAGAGCAAUAGCAAGAGUUCAGUUCUUUGAGGAUUUAUGGACUUGGAGCAAACUAGGUACAUGCGCAGGUAGCAUCUUAUUUGCAUUAUCCGAUCUUAUCUUAGCGAUUGACAGGUUUAAGUACAAUAUCGACUAUGUACAGGUACUUGUGAUGUCCACCUACUACGCAGCGCAAGUUGGCAUAGCUGUAAGUGUAGUGGAUGCAACAUCUUCAGAACAACUAGCCAAACACAAGAAAACGUAAAUGUGGCUGGCCUAUAAACCAAAUAUAUUAAGCUCAAAGUUUAAGCCAAAAAAACUGGAUGUAUUUUCAUUUCUUGUAAACAUUUUAAGAUUUCAUCUACUCGUAGGUGUAAUUGUCUCCUUAUUACCCUGAACAAAUCAUGAUAUGAAUAGAGAGUAGACAAAAAAAGAACAAAAGUCAUAAUCCUAUAGUAUUAAAACAGUUUUCAUUGAAGUCCUAAGAAAGCUUGGACGAAUAAAAAUGUUUUCACAGUCAAAAGUAUAUUCACUUAAUUGUAAUUCUUGACUUGUUAUGGUGAAUUCAAGCACACUAAAUUAGCAAAGUGACAACUGACAAUUAUCUAUCAGCAGAAAAAAAUUGAUGUUUAGGUAGGUGAACAAAAUUACAAGUUGCAUGUAGUAUGAAAGGGCGAGAAGCAUUAAAAUUUCCGAGAAACUUGAAAUCUUAUCUACUGUUUCACGUGAAAUAGGAAUGUAGGGUUAUGCUUCUUUUUUUACUAAAUCAGUAUAAAUGUUACUUUCUGUCACAGAAUUUUCAGUAAGACUUGAUUGUAAGCGAAUAUGUGGAUUUGUAUCUCAUACAUACAUACAUACACUAUUCUAUUGUGUAGAUUUCAAACUGUUAUUCAAAGCCAUUAUGUAACUUGUACGAUUUUAUUUAUAAUUUAAGUAUUCUCAUACUCGUUGAAAAGUCUUCCCAUUUUCAACCUUUCUUUCUAAUUUGUAUUUAAAAUAUUCAACUCUUUUACUGUAAUGGUAGACUGCACUAAAUAGACUAUUUAUGUACUUUACUAUCUGUGAUUCAAUGUUUUAGGUAUAUUUCCAUAUGUGGUUAGGUUGUGAUAUAGAAUAUAAUUGAAAUAAAGAAUUAUGAAUGUUAA